UGUCCCAGCCUGAGUCUCACGUCCAAAAUAAUCAGGAAGUGAAUUAUUAUUAUUGUUGUUGUUGUCGUUUGACUUGGAAAGGGCGACAUGGAAGCUGGUCAUACUUCAAAUGUAGCUUCGUCAGAGACGAAAGACUUCGGCAAAGCUCUGUGCAUCAUAACAGGAGCAUCUAAAGGUUUCGGGAAAUGUCUGGCUAAAGAAAUAGCAGCUCUGUUCAAACCAGGCUCAGUGCUCAUCUUGGUUGCCAGAUCUGCUGAUAAGCUGCAGGAGCUGGAGGGAGAGUUAUCCUCGGAUAGAGACGGUCUGAUUAUCCGCUGUGUUGUUGCAGAUCUGGGGCAGAAAGAUGGAGUGGAAAGCGUUAUAAGAGAAGCCAGAGAGGCUCCAAGCUCUGAUAUCAACAGCCUCUUCCUCUUUAAUAACGCAGCUUCACUGGGCGAUGUUUCACGCUACGCCCGAAGUUUCACUGACCUAGACGAAGUGGACAGGUAUCUGUCGAUGAACGUGAGCUCAGCGUUGUGUUUGACUGCCGGGAUCCUGCAGGUGUUUCCAGCUCACGUGGGUCUGCGUCGCUGUGUGGUGAACGUGAGCUCUCUGUGUGCUCUGCAGCCUUUUCCCUCCUGGGUGCUCUACUGCACGGGUAAAGCGGCACGUGACAUGAUGUUCCGUGUCUUGGCCAAGGAAGAGUCUGAGCUCAGGGUUCUCAACUACGCUCCAGGCCCUCUGGACACAGAUAUGCAACUUCAUGCCCGAUCUAACACAGUGGAUGACUGCGUUAGAAAGUCCAUGGCAGAAAUGCAUGCUGAGGGCCACCUACUGACCUGCGAAGAGUCCGUGGGGAAGCUGAUAAAGGUCCUGUUAAAGGAUGACUAUGCAUCUGGAGCUCAUCUAGACUUCUAUGAUUUAUAAAUUAAUUCUAUGAGAUUUUAAUAGUAAUUUCAAAUCCGUGUUUAAAAGAUCUUCUCAUUUUGCUGUUUCUUAUUUGUUGAUUUCUGCUUAUUUUAAGUAUUGGAGCUUGGUCAUGUAUGACUGAAGUAUAACUGACCAGAAUUGUAGUCAAAAUGGCCGCCGAAUAAACAAACACUACUAGAUAAUGUCACAGUAUCAGCUAGCUUGCUGAUUCAAAGUAGUAAGAUAGUUCAUACUUAAUAAUCUUACUACUCUUGUUUUCUAGCAUACUACGCACUAGCAAACCUGGCUUCUGGAUUGAAUCAGAAUAUAAUAAUUAGCCAAAUUAGCUUCCUGAUAUUGGGUAGCUCGCUGGCAGACUUGACGACAGGUUCUAAUCACAGAAUAGUUGCUUUCAAGUUUAUUGUUAUCUGCCAAAGUGCAGUGUAUAACAUGCAAUUAAGCUGUAAGUUCACCCACAACAACAUUACAAACAGUUAGUUAGUCGAAUGUUAGCUACACUCUCAGAAAAUAAAUACAUUACUGAACCUUUAGGGGUACAAUGGUUUGUCACUGGAUCGGUACCCUCUAAGGUAUUUAUUUGUGCCCUUUAUAUACUGCUUGGGAAUGUAUAUGUACCUUUAUGGCCCUAAAAAGGUACACAUAGUUACCUUGAGGUCCAAUAACGAGCCCUAGGGGCUACAUUUAAAUAAUAUUGGCUGGCAUUGAGUGGUAUAUCAGAGUUGAAGAUGAGUUCAGUAUCAUGCUAGUUGAAUGGAAUAUAUCUGAUACACCACAAAAAAGCCAGCCAAUAUUAUUAUUAUUAUUAUUAUUAUUAUUAUACAUUCCGUUUGGGUGUUUGAUGCAUCUUUCUCUUUCAAAAUUCUCUCAAUCUUCCAUAUUAAUGAAGCAAGCCUGGUGGCCAUGUUUGUUUACACAUUGUCCCAGUCGCUCGCUAGCACGGAAGUUUUACGUCUCCGACACGUGACGUCAUGCUGUCUUGACAACUAUGCAGUGUCGUAAACCAUAUUCAGUGCUCAUUCUCCAUUGGAUAGAGUGACGUAAUACAUGUAGGAUAAGCGAUAUGCUAACAAUAUUGCAUGCUAUCAAACCAAAUUAAUGAAACCCACUCGAAGGGAAUAGAAUACAUGUUUUUAUUCCAUCGAAAAAGUGUCCUGCAUGUAUAAUAAUAGUGUAUAUUGUACCUUGGGGGACAGAAAUGGACUUCUACUGUACCCCUGUUUCACGGGCGAUUGCUCUAAGACGACGAGGGAGGCUCAGCCUCCUUUAAAAAUGACGAACAUCGUGUAGGAUGAAUUGCACUAGGCUUAUGUUAUAGCCGACCUUAUAACAUUGCUAUUUCAGAUCCAGAAUCAUAGAAAUACAUGUGCUCAACCCAACUACAGUGCGAAAUCAUUCCGUUAUAACUUUGUGUGCGUAAGUUUUUCCCCCUCGUGACAGCGCGAUGCAGCGCAGCCUCAGUGGACUUCAAUGGCAUUUGGGAGCUAUGCGCUUUUCAAUCUCAAAAUGCAAGACGAUUAUUGGACAAAUACUGCAAAAACGCCCGCCCACGGAGUCUCACGGACUCCCAGCCUCAGUGGACUUCAAUGGCAUUUGGGAGCGAUGCGCUUUUCAAUCUCAAAAUGCAAGACGGUUAUUGGACAACUACUGCGAAAAUGCCCGCCCACGGACUCCCAGCCUCACAGUGGGAGGGACAUGGCAGUUUCCGUGAGGAGACUGGUGAUUGGUGAAAGCGGUCGGAUAUUUUCUUUGAUUGACAGCUCGUUUCAACUAUAGACAGGCAGCGGUGAAUUUCAGUUCAGCCCCAUGCGGAUUCGCAAGUGCUGUGGUGUAUUGUAAGAGAUCAGCUUACAUUUCAAUUUCAUUCAUUACAUACGGUUUCUACCAGCUUUUUUAGUUUGUAUAUAUUUUCAUUGUAAAUAUAGUGUUGUCAAGUUUGCUAUCUUAGUUCCAGAAAUUUCGUUUAUUUGAGUGACUGAACUUGAGGGGGCUAGUCAGCUAGCAAGAAAGCUGUGCACGGAUGCCAAGCAUUGCUGAUUUAAUUUUGGCGAAGCCAUUUGCCAGUCUUCCUUUCGAGGAAAAAAUUAAAAUUAAAGAGCAGGGUAGACCGACGCCUCAAAUUGACUUGGUGAAAAAGGUAGGGAAUAAUACUCGUUCCUUUCAGCUCUCCUGGUACGAGAAAGUGAAUUGGCUAACAGCAAGUGACCCACAUCAACAACAGUAAAUAGGCUACUUUAGUAAUAUGUCAUGGAUGGACCAAAAAUAUAGAAUCUAUUUAAAAUGUUUAUGCUGAGUAUAUUAUAUUGGAAUAUAUAUUUUUCUGGAUAUGAAUUAAACACAGCUACAAUUUGGAAAACAUUUUUAAACAAAAACACAGCCGAGAACAUUUCACACUACAGACCUGGAUUAAAAGUGAAGGGUUAUCAAAAUUGUCAAUAAAACAUUUCUCAGUCAAAAUAAGUAAAAUGUAGGGAAAGUGUCAUUGAAUGAAAUGUGUGGCACCCAGCUCUACUGCUGAGGUUCCUGACAAAGAGCUGUUUUCAAUAAUGAUCAAUUUUUAAACAACAUGCCACAAUUUUAAAAUAUAAAAUGUUAAAAUAUACCCCCCCAACACCACCAUCAUGUAUAUUGGACAGUAGGCUAAUGGGCCAAAAGAACCUGUUAUUUCACAGUUUGUGACCCUGCCAACAAUCAGCCAGAUCAGAGGCAAGAGUAUGGGCAAAAUUGAUGUUUUUUCUUUUAAAAUCUGGAAAUAUCGUAACCGACCAGCCUCCCCUGUUUGAAAGACUACCAGCCGCCACUGCCCUGUUUCUGACAGUGUAGCUGACUUCCCUAAUAUUAGCUCGCUUGAUGGCAAAAUUUGUAGCUGGUUUAAUUACACAGUAGAAUAUUUAACCUAAUAUUAGUCCGGUUUGAAGUAGCUAAUGUGUUGUUCAAAUUGAUUAGCUAGCAAAGUAAAAAGCUACUGCUAUGUUACUGAAUACUGAGAAAUAAGGAGGUGCCAAUUCUUUUACAGAUCUUCUUUGUGUGUGUGUGUGUGUGUGUGUUUGUUUAUGGGAACAAAUGGCUAUGUAGAUUUUUAUACAUUUCCAAUCAAAAUCAGCCCAAAAUUGUGGUAUCAGUGCAUCUCUAACCUAGAUUAAACUAAAUCACAGUGACAUUCCCAAUUCUGUUGAUAAUUUCUGUAAUUUGGAGCAGAUGGAAGCGCCUUCUGUAAUUUGUGGUUUUGUGACUUGCAUUAUUCUUAAAUGUAAUAAAGGUGCCUU